AUGUGGUCACAACACUAUCUAUCUAUCUAUCUGUCUGUCUAUCUAUCUAUCUAUCUAUCUAUCUAUCAAAAUCUCUUUCGUUCUUUCUUUCUUCGCAUCUAUCUAUAUAUCCCUUCCAUUAUUUCUUUCUUUCUCUUUCUCUCACAAUCUCUUCCGUUCUUUAUUUCUCUCUCUCUCAGGAACUACCUAUCUAUCUAUCUAUCUAUCUAUCUAUCUAUCUAUCUGUUGUGCACGUGUUUUGUUAUUUUUAUAACCAUUUAUGUGGUCCCAACACUAUCUAUCUAUCUAUAUCUAUCUAUCUAUCUAUCUAUCUAUCUAUCUAUCUGUUUGUCUGUUUAUCUAUCUAUCUAUCUAUCUAUCUAUCUAUCUAUCUAUCAAAAUCUCUUUCGUUCUUUCUUUCUUCGCAUUUAUCUAUAUAUCUCUUCCAUUAUUUCUUUCUUUAUUUCUUUCUCUUUCUCUCACAAUCUCUUCCGUUCUUUCUUUCUUUCUUUCUCAGGAUCUAUCUAUCUAUCUAUCUAUCUAUCUAUCUGUUGUGGGACUAAGUGGUCUCCCUUUCUCUGUCUCUCUCUUUCUCUCUCUCUAUCUAUUUCUCUCUCUCUCUUUCUUUAUCUCUCUCUUUCUCUCUCUUUCUCUGUUUCUUUGUCUCUCUCUUUCUCUCUCUCUCUUCUCUCUCUCUCUCUCACUCUCUCUCUCUUUUCUCUCUCCCAAUGGUUCUUACUGAUAUUUCUCUCUUUCUCUUUUUCUCUUUCUCUCUCUCUCUCUCUUUCUCUCUCUCUCUCCCAAUGGUUCUUAUUGAGGUGGCUGGGUGUCGAUGACUAUUUGAGGUUAAAGGAUGAUCUAUCUAUUCAUCUAUCUAUCUAUCUAUAUCUAGUCAUUCAUCUUCAAAUAGAAAUGGAAUAUUUAUUAUCUAUCUAUCUAUCUAUUAUUUAUCUAUCUAUAUUCAUUUUAUCUAUCUAUCUAUCAGUCAUUGUAUCAUUAAAUAUCUCAUCUAUCUAUCUCAUUCAUCUAUCUAUCAGUCAUUUAAACUUCAUUAUUAUCUAUCUAGCUACCAUUGUUCAUAUAUCUAUCUAUCUAUCAGUUUUUUUACUCAUAGAUUAUCUAUCUAUCUAUCUAUCUAUCUAUCAGUCAUUGUACUCAUUAUCUAUUUAUCUAUAUAUAUUUUUAUCUAUCUAA